AUGAUAACCACGAACUCAUCAGUGGCUACAACUACUUCAGAACCGGUUGUUCCACCACUGUCAUCAUCGUUUACAUCAGCAGCAGCACAUACAACAAGCGAGGGUGGUUUUCAAUCUGCGUCACCUACCACACUAUCGCAGGUAAAGCUAUAAUCUUAAAUUUCAUUAUUCCGUCUCAUCACAGGCCUGGUCUUACCAAAAGGGCGUAGCUAGAGGGUCCUGGGGUGCCUGUGACUCCCCCUUUAUGAGAUAAUUGUUUUAUGUCCCCAUAAUUCAGGUAAUGAAAACGCGCGAAUCCAAAGAAUCAAAAUCCAAUAAAUCUUUUCCAGCUAUUUUGUAGGCUUGUCCCUCUCCCAUGCUCACUGCUCAUCCCCAAAAAAGUUACUUUUAGUAAGGGACUUGUCAGAAAUUAGCAGGGGGGGAGGGGAGGUGGGAAUUUUAAAUUUGGGUUCGGAAAUGAGGUGACCCAUUCCUGCAAUGGGAGUGAAAUUUGCUAACCCUCCCCUUGACCUUGGCCUAAAAUAUCAUGACCCUCCCCCUCUUGUAUAAAUGAUAAAAGCUAGUUCUUGCAAUACACCAGGGCGAGUCAGUACAAGUAUGAGAGCUCAAAAUAUAUUUCUAAUCUGUUCUUUGUAAUGCCAUAUACAUACAUUUUAGAUGACAGCAUUAAGAGUCCAACUCUGAUUCUGACAGCUGAUUACUCGACUCUAGAUCUCCUAUUUCUCCCAGGUUUUUUUUUUUACAAAAUAAAGAACUUCUUUUUUUCUUCUGUGGGUGAACCUCUACAUGAUCUCGGACACAUAUUUACAUGACCCUCCCCCUUUUAAUGGCCCAUUUUUCAUGACCCCUCCCUUUUCUGCAGUCUCAAAAAGUUGUGACCCUCCCUCUGUUUCCACCCCCCCUCCCCCCCUGCUAAUUUCUGACAAGUCCCUAAAACACGUAGACUUUCUCAAAGUCCUUCCCUUCUCGUUUCCUCUUCCGGUAGCUAGCUCGCGCUUUGCGCUCGAGAAACAUUUUGAGCUCUACUUGUGGACAAGUCUAUAAAACACGGCGUAAAUGUCGAAAUGCCAAUCAGGUAAGUACCCUUGGUGUGAAACUGUGUGUCCCCCCCCCUUUGAAAAAUCCUAGCCACGCCCUUGUAUCAUGUUUUUGUAUACACAACUCAUGGAAAACAAGACCUCAAAUGAAGGCUGGAGAAAAUACUGAGCUUUGUCAGUUACCUUCGGCAGUAUUUAUAGCACUCAUUCUAGUCAGGCCGAGCAAAUGCCUGAAACAAAUAAUUCAAAUCAAACUCAACAGGGUUAAGAAUCUCAGCUGGCCGGAGGCGAACCAGUUGGCUAUUUACAAGCGUAUUCGAGGAUUUGAACUCGUGACUACCGUGAACAAAUCCAGCUAGCGGUUAGGGAGGGACUUGAACUCAGGGCCAUCAAAAUUGCAAGUCCAGCGUUCUAGCGGCUCGGCCACGCUGCCUCCUUUGGGGGCCACAGUCGGCUUUAUCAAAAGGUUGGUUUAUAAGUUCUUGAAGCUUUCAAGUGUUAGUUGGUACCUUUUUCGGUCUUUAGACGUGGUUGGCCGUCCAUAUUGUAUUUAGUCUUAGGAAUAUUAUUAAACCAACAACACCAUCUCUAUUUCACAGACCAUUCAAGGCACCAAAGUUCUAUCGAACACUACGCCGAGCUCUGCGGAGAAAAUACGUGUCACGACGAAGGCCGAAAUUUCUCCAUCUGCCCAUUCUCCGGGGAGAAACACGCCAAAGUCGGUUAACCAACAACAGCCUAACUCAUCAAUCGGAGGAACCACAAGCCACAUUUCGCCCCCCCGUCAGAGUGAUUCCCUCACAAAAAGUGCUUCGUUAGGAGUGCGCAGUCAACCUGGUCCUUCCUCAGUAAGCCCAACAUUAACAGUGAGUUCGAGUCUUCAUCAAGAGCGCGCUAAUUCAACUGUUGUUACCCGCACAACUAGGAGCUUUGCACCCACAACUCAGGCUCUGAUACCUUCACCUUCACGUACGUAUGCGUUUUUCUUACCUCACGGUUUUGGGGGGUUUGAUCUAACUUUGCAGCAAUCCUGCUCCUCAUUUCUCGUCAAAGAGCUUUCAGUAAGCAUUCUUGACUAAAUUGUUUGGUAACAAUGAUCGGUUUCCAAACCAAAUCACCGCUUGUCGCAUGUUCACAAACCCUUUAUUUUCUCUAUAAAGAUCGUCGAGCGCGCGUAUAAAAACAAAAAACGGCGGGGGAUUUAUACACCGCACCGCUCUCUCGGGUUUGUUCGCGCUGUAGAAUUGUCGAAAAAAGAAAAACGUCUGUGGUCAGCUUGAAUCACUUGUUUCUAGACCAAAACUAUAUGAAUUCCCUCUUCCAAGAUUUCCAUGCCCCAUUCGAAUCUAGACUGCUAAACAACCACAGCCUUCAAAGUGGAAAAAACGUGUCUCUUACUUAUUAGCGUACCCCCUCCUAGAAUAAUGACCCACAUUUUUCAUAAAAAUGUUGUUCUUCUUUUUCAGCGUCAUCUAACUGUACGGAAUUUACCGUUUUUGAGAAAGAUUGCAGUGAAUCUUGUUCUAAUGUGGGUGGUCAGGUUGAAGCAACUGAGUGGUGUCCCUCGCACUCUACAGUUCCCGCCAAUCCCAAAUCGAAGGGAACCAAAACGGUUAAAUGCGAAGAAUACUGCCCACUUUAUCGCAACACAGGUGAUAAAGCUAAAUCAUUGUGUUUUAUCCCCUCUCCCGACCCCCCGGGGGGGGGGAGGGUACUUGGGUUAACGUUUGCUGGGUAUGUGCCGCUGGCCUCUCAGAGCCCCUACCCCAUUAUAGUCUAUUUUUGGGCCAAUUAUAGACCCUAUCUUAGUCACUUUUUGGAAAAUGUAAUUUUCGCGAUCUCCACUUAGUCACUUUCUAUUUAUGCAUCUACCUUAUCGGUGUGGUUUCAAGAACGGAAUGUAAUGCGGUCACUGCGAGCUUAUUGUUAAAUUCAAUAAACAACAACUUUCUGAUUUUUUUAACCGAGAAUCUUCCCAUUUUGAAUCCCUACUUACCCUCAAAAUCCGAAAAUUUGCGACCCCAUUAUAGUCACCCCAGUCGUGAAAAUGCGACCCCAUCCAACGGCACAUCCCCAUUAGCCUCUUGUAAGGGAGUAACCCCCGGGUCCCCGACGUAGUACCACUGUUUUCGUUUUCAGCCUGACUUGCAGCACAGGCAGUAAAGUAGCAAUUGUGACGAAAUGUCUCUUUUGCUUGUAUUCACAGGCACAGAAGCUUUCAGAAGCCUUCUCUCGACUGUUAUCGUUGGCAUCCUCCUUUUUACGUAA